GGCCGUACUUUCCUGCAAUGUAGCGUCUGUGUUCAGUUUGAAGCUUCUACUAGUUGUGGCGAUUGUUCAUGUAAAUACGCAGAAGCUUACGACAAUUGAGAUUGAGCGGUACAACCCUCUUGCUUUCAGAACAAAUCUCAAAGGUGCAUGAUGAUGAUAUUAGAGCAAGAUCAAUGAAAAACCAGGAGGUCCUGCGAUAACAUAUUAUCACUUCGUCAGAAUUGCUUGCUGCAGCUCCACGGUUGAUUGAGUCCACAGGAAGGAUUCAACGUAAUGCGCCACAAGGUGCUCGCAAAAUUUCGCACGUACAAGAAAGUACAGUUGUUGCAUUCACAAAUUUUCUGGACGAAGGUCUGGUAAAUCGUUGUCCGUCGUCCGUUGUUUUCUCAGUAAAUGUGUUGAGGGGGACAUGCAUGUGCUCAUAUCUCGAGAAAGUGGAAAGUGAAAUGUUGCCUUAAAAGUAUUGAUGUGUCAUUGCGUGCACGAAAAGUCAACUCAAAUGAAAGCGAACGGACCACUUCCACUUGAUGACUGCUUCAUUUUCUUUUUCUUGUUUACGUUCGGUUUACUGUUUAUUUUUCCUAGUGCAGCUACUCCUAUGAUCAUGUUACCAGACUGUCAAGAAAUAUUUUGAUUGACCACGAAAUCCAAACGAAUCUUCCUCCAAUUUCAAAAACCGCACUUUUAGGUUCUUCGUUUUCCAGCUGCUCUACCUGGUGCUAAAUCAUCAUAUUUCAUAUUCGUUGAUCAUUAAAUUUAUUUGUCGCUACUAGGGAAUAGAGUAGACAACAAGAACAACCUCAAGAUGUCCCAGCAAGGUUCAGUGAAGUGGUUUUCCGACAAGGGGUUCGGAUUUAUCAGUCCGGCUGACGGUGGUGAGGACCUCUUCGUGCACUUUUCCUCCAUCAACAAGGAUGGCUUCAAGAGUCUCAACGAGGGCGAGACCGUCUUCUACGACACCUUCUGGGAUGAGCAGAAGCAGAAGACAGCCGCAGUGAACGUGACGGGAAACGGUGACGGCAUUCCGCGCGAGAAGGGUAAGGGCAAGGGUGGAGGCAAGGGCUUCGGCGGCAAAGGCAAGGGCGGUGGCUUCGGCGACUACGGCGGCGGAAAAGGCGGAUUCGGUGGUGGAUAUGGCGGCGGUAAGGGUGGCUUCGGCGACUUCGGUGGCGGAAAAGGCGGCUUCGGCGGAGGCUAUGAUGGCGGCAAGGGGUUCGGAGGAGGUUCCCCGUACUGGUAGACACGUUCUGAAACUGUGACAUCAACCUUCAACUUAUAACUUAUGACUAUGAAAAUAAGGAACUUAGUUGGGGUCUUCUUGAGCAAUAAGGAACUUAGUCUUGAUAGGUGCUUCGAGAUCGGCAAUUUGGUGGUAGUGAUCAUGUCUUGAUAUGUUGUAACCAAGAGAAGCGGUCACGGUGAAGAACAAUGUUUGAUGACGUUCUUUUGCAAUAUUUUUAUCUAUAAACGGGAGUAUCAAUAUCUUGCAAAUAACAGUGUCACUAGCUUUAGCUAUUUUCAGAAGUUCUCUUUAUCAUCCUUGAGGGUUCUAAGGUACUUUGAUUCGUAGUCGGAAAUAUGAAUGUUAUUACGGCCUCGUCCCUCAUGUGCAUGUCGUGCUGGGGCAUCGACCUGAGUUGUAGUUCCCUCCACAACAGAUACCAGGAAAAUUUCGAUCGCCUCGAGUACCGGUUGCAGGUGUUGUAGGUCGAGAUUGUACUGGUGCAAGGAGGUGCGCCAUAUCUCAUAAACUUCAACAACUAAAACGAUACGAUGUAAUUCGAUCUUUUUUUGAAUCUCUCUCCUCUCUCGGCAUCAUGCAGAUUCACGGAUGAAGAGCAAGGUGAAGAUUCGAAGUCGUUUUAUAGGUGAAGAUGAUGGUGUCUGCUAGUGGCUCGGUUCCGGAACGGUGACCGACUACAGCAGCUGUACGUAAACGAUGCAGUGGUACAACAGAAAACUGCAUGAUUUCUUCGAGAGUUCAUGAAUUCGUGAAGUGACAUUCUACUUCUUCCAGUUUCCAUUUCUACUUCUAGUCCUUCAGAAAAUUCGUGUUGAUUGUCGAUCAUAAUAUCAAAUAGAAAUCAUAUCCCUUUCUUGCAAAAAAAAUAAAAAAAAAUAAAAAACGAUUGGUAUUGUUGAGGUGCCGGACAUAAACAACAGUAAAGUAAGAUGAAGCCACACGGAAUUAUGUAGUUGAAGAUGAGUACUGAGACUAAUGCUGGCUAAUGGACUGGGGAGCACAGACGAACGCGUCAAACAUCCACAGGAGAGUAUUUGGACGUCGAGUGUAUUCGGAUAGGUGACUACAAGAAUGAGAUUGUUUCUGAGGUUGUAGGUAGCUGCAGAUAUAUCUUGAGCUUAUUCUUCAUUCUGGUGAAACAGUCUUACAGUAUUCAAAUCCACUCGCAUCGAAUAGAACCGGUUGGUUUCGAAAGGAGCUAUGGCAAGAAUAUGUUAGGCGAUCACCACUAGCUACGGUUUUUACGGGGAAGGUAUGUUAAGGUACUAAUUUUGACGAAGAUGAAAAUCAAAAUCAUGACUGGUUAGGGAAAAGUCGAGUAUCAUGAAAAGGAUCAUUGCUGAAUAAGUACUUGUUCUGGUAUAUUUCACGAUUGAUCAUGCUGUAAACGAUUGAAUUCUUCUAGGGGUGGCGUAAGUUACAGUUACUGCUUGUCUGUGCAUUUCUUUAUCUAGUAGCUUGUUCGAAGGUGACAAGUAGUAAGACUAGCAAGGGUUUCUGGAGGGCGAUCAAUCCUAAGGAAGAGGCAGGCCUCACUCAUCAUGUUGUCUGUGUCCGUCGUAGAGAUCGUGGUCUGUAUGAAUUAUUGGGGGUCGAGAAUUUUUUGUAGGACUGCAGAAAUGGGUACGGGGCCUCGACGUACAGUAAUUUUCGAGGACUAGAUCUUGCAACUUGACAAUCUGAAACAGCUGCUGCAAGGGGUAUCUCGCUGUCUGUUCUCAGAUUAGAAACAAACAUCUUUCAACCUCAUGUCGGUCAAUUCCAUUGCCAAUGAAAAAGCCAAAAAAAUAUAUUGCACUAGAGGUGGAAGCUGUUCGCCGUUUUUUUUGGUGUCGAACACCUCCUUUUUCUGCAGGCUAAAGCGCAGACGCCUGUUCAACAGGAUCUGAUUCACGGACGAUACCCUGUAUGAGGC